CCAUGGGUGGAGGAUUGGAGAACCCUUUACUAUCUUUGAAUCCUAAUGGGGGGUCGCUGAUGAUGAUCAGCAGUGAGCAAAACACGGAUCAGCGCACAACGAAAAUAUUCAGCUGAACAAUGUUGUACAGGUUAUUGGCAAAGGUCUGAGCCUAUGAGCUCUAAAUCGAGUGGUAAUUUAACUAUGUAUUCCUCUACUUCGCAUUUAACAGAAGAGGGUAAUAACGGUGACGAUGGCGGAAUGGAAAAUCCAUAUCGUUUCCAACGUAACGGUUCAGGUUCCCAAUUUCCACGUCAUUGCUUUUUUCGUCAGCCCUCUAAUGAAGCUGAGAAUUCCAUACUAGCACAUCAUUUUCGUAAACCUACACACGAUCAUUCUCCAGACGAACAGUUUACUUCCCUUAGUUCCGACAGAUCGUCUUCUUUAGAUAUUUCUCAUAACACUGGAACUCAACAAAGUUCGCGAAAAUCCUCGGUAGUAACUUUCCAGUUGACUACUAGUACGCCCAACUCGCAAAGCUCCCAAAAUAAUUCAUCCGCCUUUCAAUCUUUCGAUGAACACUCCGCUUGUUUUAGUCUUUCGAAUGAAUCUACGCAACAACAGCAACAAAUUUUUAUACCUGAAAAUUCCAUAUUAGCUACACGAAAGCUGCAGGAUGUUCAACCGGAUCCGGAGGUUAUACAAAUGAAACAAAAUUUAUUAUUGCAAGAGCAACAGCAACAAAAACAGACUUUACAACGCCAUGAAAAAUUAAGAAAAUCAAAAAUCAAAAGUUCUUAUAGUUCUCAGCUAUCAGUGAUUAGUGUGGAUCAACAACAACAACAACAACAACAACAACAGCAACACAGUUCUAGUGGAUCAGCCAAGUUCAAGUCAUUUAUUAACUUAUUUUCAUUGGGUUCGUUGCGAAGCUCCAAGAAAAAAUAUCAGAAAUCGAAAAGUUCUUACAAAUUAUUUGAAAAUGGUAAUGAAGAUACGCAAAGAAUGUCUCAACAACGGACAAAAUCAUGUGAUCAAUUGGAAAGUUUUUAGAUAUAAAUGCGGAAAGAAUCAAGAGUAAUUAAAGAGGGAGUAAAUAAAAACAAAAAC